UUUCUCCUCUCUCAGACUAAACUGAAAUAACCACCCUUUUCCCAUUUCUCUCCCUCUCCUUUUCUCUCUUAUUGUAUCUAUCUAUCUAUCUAUCUAUCUAUAUAUAUCUAGCUAUAUAGAGAGAGAGAGAGAGAGAGAGAGAGAGAGUUCUGCGGUGCUCCGGAGUAUUGAAACUCCGGAAAGACUGCCCCUAAAAAUCCAUUACACCCCAAUUAACCCCUCCUAGGCUUUCAUCAGGUUAACCAAUCCGCCACAUAUUCCAGUGGUACACUACAUCAAUACAUUGGCUCACACUCGGUACACCUCUUCCAGCUGUUGCCAGCAAGUUUUUGCUGGCAUUAAAGUUGCUUUGGCUUACUACUGAAAAAUUUAUGAGUCCCCAGAGUACAUUGAAUCCUUGUAGAGCCCUAGAGGGCAUGCAUGGGGUACAUGUGGUGCCUAGUUCACGGUUCGAAUCAGAAGAGACUACUCAAGAUGGGGACUUUGCUCACUCAACUUGUACAAGUUCGGCUAUUGGAACAAAUUUGUCUAUGCAGCGAGUAUGGCAGCACACACCACCAUGUUUGAAGCCUAUUCAGGGUUGCAUUCACGGCGAUCGUAACCUUGCAGAAACAGCUGUUAAUGUGCUCACUUCACUUCCUUUCAUAGUUCUUGGGAUCCAUGCCCCAAGGAAGAAUCUAAACACCAAGCUAUAUGCUAAUUCAUUAAUUGGAGUUGGAGUUACCUCGAGUUUAUAUCAUUGUUCAAGAGGAAAACUAAGGAAAUAUAUGAGAUGGGCUGACUAUACAAUGAUAGCUACAGCAACAGUAUGUCUCUCAAGAGCACUCAGAAAUGAAAACCCAAAAUUGCUCAUGGCAGCUUCUGCAGUAUUUCUACCUAUCCAGCCUCUGAUGGUUUCAGCUGUUCAUACUGGAAUGAUGGAGGUAGCGUUUGCCAAAAGAGCGUUAAAAGAUCCAGAGCUAAGGAUGGCACACAAUGUACACAAGAUGUCGUCAUUAUUGAGUGGUGUACUUUUUAUUGCAGAUGAUGUGUUUCCCAGAACUCCAUACCUUCAUGCUGCAUGGCAUCUUGCUGCAGCUGUAGGUGUUAGCACCUGCAAUAAGCUUCUCGAGUAGUUAAUUAUCAAUGUAUUAGGUCAUGUAUUUUAUAUUCAAUCAUUUGUAACCGAAAAAACAUUAGAAACAAAUAAGAAAAGAAAAAUCAUCUAAAGCGCUGCAUCGGGGAUCUGCUCAUUCCAUAGUCCUAAAUAACGAGAUUCUUUUGCCUCACAUAUUGGCAUAUUAUUUGUAGAUUCAAGAGAGAAGCAAGGGAACAAUAUAAAGUUGCAUAUAAGGUAGCUAUGCAGCUACAUAAUGUGUUCAUUUUUGUUCUUCAAAAUUAGUGCAAAAUCCUACCAUUUUCAGUUACCAUGGAACUAUGGAAGGUAAUUUAAUU